AUGGAAAAUACGGAAAAUACGGAAAAUACGAACGAACCAAGAGAAAUUUUUUCAAUUACUCCCAAAACAGAUUGCCCUCAUAUUAAGUCAGAAUUCGUUGAAAUCUGGGCUCAAAAACCUGUUGAUGUAAAAAAAUCUUGCGAGAUUUGUAAUGAAUCCAAUGAAAAUUGGAGGUGCAUCGAAUGUGCUAAAGUGCUUUGUUCAAGAUAUGUAAAUGCACAUAUGACUGAACAUUAUACAAAAACAAAUCACUCAUUGGCAAUUUCUUUCUUUGAUCUUUCAACUUGGUGUUAUUCUUGUGAUAGCUAUGUAACAAGCAAAAUUCUCAGUCCUAUUUUAAAAGAUGUCUAUAUGUCUAAAUUUGGAACCUUGCCUCCAAAUUCUGACAAAGAUAGCGAUAAUAAUGGUGAAGGAAGUUCGUUUACUAGAUCUUAA